GCGGGGCGCCGCUUCCGGCCGUCGCGGCUGAGUCACUGGGGCCGCGCCGCCGCCGCCGCCUCCUCAGCAGGGCCCCGCCGCCGCCAUGCCGCUGGAGAACCUGGAGGAGGAGGGGCUGCCCAAGAACCCCGACCUGCGCAUCGCCCAGCUCCGCUUCCUGCUCAGCCUCCGGCCCCGGGCGCCCGACCCCGCCGCGCGAGAUGAGCUGAUGGCGGCCGUGCGGCUGCACGACAUGGCUCCGUAUUACGAAGCGCUCUGCAAGUCUCUUGAGUGGCAGGUAGACACGGAGCUGCUGAACAAAAUGAAGAAAGCUAACGAGGAAGAGCUGAAACGUCUCGACAACGAAUUAGAGGAUGCUGAAAAGAUCCUGGGGGAGAGUGAAAUCCGAGAUGCCAUGAUGGCCAAAGCUGAGUACCUGUGCAGGAUCGGGGACAAGGAGGGAGCUCUGACUGCGUUCCGCAAGACUUACGACAAAACCGUGGCGCUGGGACAUCGCCUGGAUAUCGUGUUCUAUCUCCUAAGGAUUGGCUUGUUUUACAUGGACAACGACCUCAUCACGCGGAACAUUGAAAAGGCAAAAAGUCUAAUAGAAGAAGGCGGAGACUGGGAUAGGAGAAAUCGCCUAAAAGUGUACCAGGGUCUGUACUGUGUGGCUAUUCGAGAUUUCAAACAGGCAGCGGAGCUCUUCCUCGACACAGUUUCAACGUUUACGUCCUAUGAACUUAUGGAUUACAAAACGUUUGUAACAUACACCGUCUAUGUCAGCAUGAUUGCAUUAGACAGGCCUGACCUUAGGGAAAAGGUUAUUAAAGGAGCAGAGAUUCUGGAAGUGCUACAUAGUUUGCCUGCUGUCCGACAGUAUCUCUUUUCCCUUUACGAAUGCAGUUACGCAGCCUUUUUCCAGUCACUAGCUAUUGUAGAGCAAGAGAUGAAAAAAGAUUGGCUGUUUGCACCUCACUAUCGAUACUACGUACGGGAAAUGAGAAUUCAUGCAUACAGCCAGCUCCUCGAGUCUUACCGGUCGUUGACAUUAGGAUACAUGGCGGAAGCAUUUGGAGUCAGCGUAGAAUUCAUAGAUCAGGAGCUUUCAAGAUUUAUUGCAGCUGGGCGAUUACACUGCAAAAUAGACAAAGUAAAUGAGAUUGUAGAAACUAACAGGCCCGAUAGCAAGAAUUGGCAGUACCAAGAAACCAUCAAGAAAGGAGAUUUGCUGCUAAACAGAGUUCAGAAGCUUUCCAGAGUAAUUAAUAUGUAAUUUUUGUAAUGCAAGGGAAUGCAGAAUGUAGAUGUUUAAAACAUUUUGGAGGUAUCCUAUAAAUAUAUUGUAUAACUUGGUAUACUGUAGGUUAAAAAAAAUACUAGCAGGAGAGGUAGUGUUUUUACUUUCCACUUCAUUAUGUAAGCGAUGUUCUGUUUUGGUGUAUGGAUCCCAGUUCAUUUAUUAAAUGUAUGAUACAAUUGAUCUCUUGGAAUAUAUUUUGUUCCUUUACUUGCCUGCCUAGACAAAGUGUUCAAUAUUUAAUAGCAAAGCAGAAAGAACUAAUGGCAGUCCUACGGUUGUGUUUUUAAGGCUUCUGUUUUUGAAUCAAAAAUGAAAAGAAACAGUUGCAUAAUAACAGCCAAAAUUUUUAGCUGAGUUUGAAUGUUAUCCAGACACUGUACAUUUUUGUUAUGAGAAGGUUACAGUGUAAGGCAGAAGGAAUACGGAUGCAAAUGACUGGUAGAGCAAUAAUACAACCAUGAAAACUGUAAAGACUAUAAUUUUGGGAACACCUUGAACUAAAACAGCCUCUCCCUUACCGUGGCAUUUUAGCUGUUGAAAAGAAAGCUAGCCAAUUACCAAAGCACUACAUUUGAAAUUACUUCCUCUUAGAUCUGCAGCUGUCACAAGAUACUACUGCAGGUUAAGGCAAUUGAUCAACUACUGCAGAGGGUUAUGGUUUCAUUCCUGACAGGUGCUAAGGAAUAAAUAUCAUUUUGUCUUUUU